AUGGGAGGCCGAGAUAGAGAAAUGGACAUUUGGAAACAACUUCCAGAUGUUAUAUUUAUUUCUCUGGCAGUAGAGAAGGCAUCGGGCUUUUCAUUCAUCUAUCUAUCUAUCUAUCUAUCUAUCUAUCUAUCUAUCUAUCUAUCUAACAGUCUAUCCGAUCUAUCUAACUCAGUCUAUUUAUAUCUAUCUAUCUAUCUAUCUAUCUCUCUAUCUAUCUAUUUUUCACUAUAUAUAUCUAUCUACAUUAAAUCUAUCUAUCUAUCUAUCUAUCUAUCUGUUCAUUAUCUGAGUCUUAUAAUCUAUCUCAGUCUGACAAUCUAUCUAUCAAGCUAUCUAUCUCUUCUAUCUUCUAUCUAUCAGUGUCUAUCUAUCUAUAUAUAUUAUCUAUUCUUUUCAUUUAUCUUUUGUCUGUUAAAUCUAUCUAUCUAUCUAAAUCUAUCAUAUCAAAUAUCUAUCUCAUCUAUAAAACCAUCUAUCUAUCUAUCUAUCUAUCUAUCUAUCUAUCUAUCUAUCUUCUGCUAUCUAUCUAUCAAGCUAUCUAUCUCUGUAUAUUAUCUGAUUCUUUUCAUCUAUCUCUGUCUGCUAUCUAUCUAUCUAUCUAUCUAUCUAUCUAUCUAUCUCAGUCUCUUCAUCUAUCUAUCUAUCUAUCUAUCUAUCAAUCUAUCUAUCUAUCUAUUCUGCUAUCUAUCUAUCAAGCUAUCUAUCUCUGUAUAUUAUCUGAUUCUUUUCAUCUAUCUCUGUCUGAUAUCUAUCUAUCUAUCUAUCUAUCUAUCUAUCUAUCUCAGUCUCUUCAUCUAUCUAUCUAUCUAUCUAUCUAUCUGUUCAUUAUCUGAGUCUUAUAAUCUAUCUCAGUCUGCUAUCUAUCUAUCAUAUAUCUAUCUCUGUAUAUUAUCUGAUUCUUUCAUCUAUCUCUGUCUGCUAUCUAUCUAUCUAUCUAUCUAUCUAUUCCAUCUAUCUAUCUAUCUCAGUCUCUUCAUCUAUCUAUCUAAAUCUAUCUAUCUAUCAUCUAUCUAUUCAUCUAUCUAUCUAGUCACUUCUAUCUAUCUAUCUAUCUAUCUAUCUAUCUAUCUAUUUUUCAUUAUUUGGAUCCUUAUAAUCUAUCUCAGUCUGCUAUCUAUCUAUAUAUCUAUCUAUCUCUGUAUAUUAUCUGAUUCUUUUCAUCUAUCUCAUCUAUCUAUCUAUCUAUCUAUCUAUCUAUCUAUCAAUCUAUCUAUCUAUUUUUCAGAAUCUAUCUAUAAAUCUAUCUAUCUAUCUAUCUAUCUAUCUAUCUGUUCAUUAUCUGAGUCUUAUAAUCUAUCUCAGUCUGCUAUCUAUCUAUCAAUUCUAUCAUAUCUCUUAUAUUAUCUGAUUCUUUUCAUCUAUCUCUGUCUAUCUAUCUAUCUAUCUAUCUAUCUAUCUAUCUAUCUCAGUCUCUUCAUCAUCUAUUUCAUCUAUCUAUCUAUUCUAUCUAUCUAUCUAUCUAUCUAUCUCUAUCUAUCUCUGUAUAUUAUCCUGAUUCUUUUCAUCUAUCUAUUAUUCUAUUCAUCUAUCUAUCUAUCUAUCUAUCUAUCUAUCUAUCUAUCUCAUUCAUCUAUCUAUCUAUCUAUCUAUCUAUCUAUCUAUCUGUUCAUUAUCUGA